ACUUUCUUCACUCCCACCGCUUCAAGUCUUCUUCGAGAAGCUUUCCACAGAAAGAGAGGCGCCCGUGCACCACUAAAUCGAAACCUUACCCUUCCUCUCAGUCCAAUCGAUCUCAUUUACUCCAAGUUCCGACGGCGGUUCAAUUCUCCGGGAUCUCCCUUCCGCAGGGAAGUUAGAUUUUGUGGAAAUGCAGGCAGCAAGUUCUUACGGGAAGACGUUCUUGGGCAUUCGCUUUCUUCUCUAUGGUUUCGAUCCUCCCGGCCAGCAACAGGUUCGAUCCAUGCUCUUGAGUCGCGGCGGAAUUGAGGCUCAGGAUUUUACUCAUCUAGUAGUGGACAAUACUAUUUAUGAUGAUCCGGCCUGUGUUUCUGCUAGAAAUGAUGGAAAGACAGUGGUCACUAAGUUAUGGGUCGACCAUAGUUUUGAUAUUGGAUUGAUUGUCGAUGCAACUUCUGUGAUGUAUCAACCUCCAAAAGAUUUGAAUGGGAUACCAGGUGCUGAGAAUCUCAUUAUUUGCUUAACUGGGUACCAGCGCCGAGAUCGAGAGGACAUUAUGACUAUGGUUCGCCUCAUGGGUGCGCAAUUUUCCAAGGCAUUGGUGGCCAGCAAAAUCACUCAUCUCAUAUGCUAUAAAAAUGAAGGUGAAAAGUAUGAACUUGCACGUAGGGUGCACCAUAUAAAACUUGUCAAUCAUCAAUGGCUGGAAGAUUGCUUGAGGAACUGGAAGAUCCUCCCAGAAGAUGAAUAUAGUAAGAGUGGCUAUGAGUUGGAGUUGAUGGCAGCUGAAGCAAUGGAUUCCGAAGAUGAUGUGUCUGAUGAUACCUCUCUCAAGCUGCCUACCAGCCGCAGCGUAAACCAAACCCUGCAGAUUACGAGAAAUGCAUCUCCCAAGACCAGUGACUUGUCAAAAUCAACUUCUAAAGUACCCACAACGAGGGUAGGGUCUGAUGGUUUCUUGACAGUUCACAAUGAUGAGGAGGUAUUAAUAACUCCGGUCACUAAGAAAAAGGUGGAUACGGCAUCCCAUUUGGCAGGCCCAUCAGAGAGAACUCCAGGUUCUGCAAAGGCGGGUGAUAAGAUGAACUCUGUCUCUAUGAAUGUUGAAAAACCUUCACAUUCUAAUACGAAGUCCAGCGUUAUCAGUUACCACAGGAAAAUUCCACAAAGGUCUCCGACAGCACUUUUUGUUGGAAUGUCAAAAAGUCUUGAUUGCUCUCCGAAAGUACAAAUAGGAGAAUGCAUAAAUGUCACUUCUGCCAAAGUUGAAGAUGCAAAGAAACGAAGUGGUUCCAAUUCUGAGAUCUCUGAGCGAUUAGUCUCUGAACAGGUAUCAGAGGGUAGCAAGCAAAGGAAAGAUACUUGGAAGUCUAGUCCAAAGAGCCAUAAUCAACAAGCUUUUGUAACGGGAAGUCCAACUGUUAGCUCUGGCGCUCAAGGAUUGAAAUCAACUACAUUGGCAGGGAAGUCAGACAUUUUGCCAGAUGGUGAUCAUGUUCGCUCUGGUAAUGGUAUAGUAAGUUCGAAUGCAAUGUUGAAUUCCACAAACAACUCUUCCAAGGAGGUAGUGGUGACUUCGAGAGAGAAAUCACUUGUGCAAGAGCUGCCAUUUGGUGAGACUACAACCUUGGAAAGAACAGAACACCUAAGUCCUAAUAUGAAGCUUCAGACCUCAGUUGGUGGAUUGAAAGAGCCGCCAUUUGGUGGGACUACAACCUUGGAAAGAACAGAACACCUAAGUCCUGAGAUGAAGCUUCAGACCCCAUUGGGUGGAUUGAAAGAGCUGAAUUCACCUACCAAUAACAACAGUGAAAAUUUCGGUGCAGAUAAUUUGAAACUCGUGGAUGGUACAAAUCAUCAAAGAGAGGCCUCUAUGUUGACUACUUCAGAUACCAAUCAGAGGCAAGAAGAUAACAGCUUACUUUUCCAACAAGGUGGGAAGCACACUGCUACAGGGAAGACAAUGAGAUCUAGACUGACACUGAAAAAUGCUGGUGCGGACAAAUCCAAACUUGUGGACGAUACAAAUCAUCAAAGAGGGGCCUCUAUGUUCACUACUUCAGAUACCAAUCAGAGGCAGGAUGAUGACAGCUUACUGUCCAAACAAUUUCGGAAGCACACUGCUACUGGGAAGACGACUGGAUCUAGACUGAAACUGAAAAAUGCUGUGAAUCAAAAGGGUUCUAUUUAUUUGAAAGAAGUUGCUGCUGCUAAGGAAGUUCUGGCAACUGAUCCGUGUAUCGGAAAUGGUGGAACAGAGAAUGAAGCAAACUUUUCCAGGGUCACAGAGAUCGAUAAACCACUUCUUGAUGUUGCUCAAGUAGGUGUUGUGGAAAGAGAACUUAUUGUUGAUCUAAGGGCCGAUAUCCAGGAUAACACUGGGUUUAUGGAUGACGAGACCGAGCCUCCUGAUGAAACAUUUGACCGAAGUGAUGAACUUGUAAAAGAGAGGACGGAAACAGUCGGUUUGGCAGCUAUAGGCAAGGAAUCCCAAGGUCAACAAAUGGAGAAAAGUUCUGCUGUCUCUAAAGUGGACCAUGUGAUGGAGGAUUCAGAAAAGAGAGAUAAUUCAAUCUCAGAACGAGAUGGUGAUACAAAGAAGAAAAGUAAAACUCAAAAGCUACCUUCAAGUAAGAGCAAGAGAAAGGCAGUUUCCACUGUUAAUGAUAAUUCCUCCAACUCUAGCAAAGCGACGGGGAAAGAAAAGCAGCAAGCUGCAGAAGACAUACUGGAGAGAAACCGACCAGCAAGUUGUCGUCCAAGUAUCAAGAACAAAUCUAGAAAAAGGACACACAGCACCAUGGAAGCAGACAAGGAGAAUACGGCGGUUGCUGAAGUACUUAAUAAUGGAAGCAAGGCUGGAAACCAUGUUGAACCAUGUAAGACGACAGCAAAUGGUGGUGAUCAGGUAGCUCCAGAAGACAAACCUGCUUCUGCAGAAGUUGGAGCGAUCUCAAAUCACAUUGAGAGAGAACCUAUGUUCUUCAUGUUUAGUGGGUGUAAUAGAUUGCAGAGGAAGGAGUUUCAGAAGGUUAUAAAACCAUUGAAGGGGAAAUCCUGGAGAGACUCUCACCAGUGGACAUACCAGGCAACUCAUUUAGUUGCUGCUGAUCCUCUCCGCAGAACAGAAAAGGUCUUCGCUGCUGCUGCCUCUGGGAGGUGGAUUCUCAAGACGGACUAUCUGUUCGCCUGCAGUCAGGAAGGCAAGUUUCUUCCUGAGGAGCCUUAUGAAUGGCAUAAGAAAGGGGUCAAUGAAGACGGCGCUGUAAAUUUAGAAUCCCCCAGGAAAUGGAGACUACUCAGAGAGAAAACAGGACACGGUGCAUUUCAUGGUAUGAGGAUUGUCAUCUAUGGGGAAUGCAUCGCUCCCCCUUUGGACACACUGAAACGAGCGGUGAAGGCAGGAGGCGGGACAAUACUAGCAACCUCCCCGCCAUACACCCGUUUCCUCUCCUCAGGGAUCGACUACGCCGUCGUCGCCCACGGAACCCUGAUCGUCGACGGAUGGGUACAAGAGUUUCUAAGGCACGAGAUACCCUGCGUGGUAGCUGACUACCUGGUGGACUACGUGUGCAGAACAGGCUAUUCUCUGGACAAGCAUGUCCUCUUCAACACCCAGAAAUGGGCAGACAAGUCGUUCAGCAACCUGGCGAGGAAGGCAGAGGAGAUCGUCGUAGUGGCGAACCCUGCAGCUUCUUCUUCUUGUUCGCCCAAGAGCUGCAUUAAUGAUGAUGAUGGUGAUGAUGUGGCGUGCCAGGUUUGCGGCGGCCGCGAUCGAGGUGAUGUGAUGCUUCUGUGUGGGGAUCAAUCUGGGAAUGUAGGUUGUGGCGUUGCUAGGCACAUAGACUGCUGUGAUCCUCCUCUUCAGAGUAUCCCUCAGGAGGAUUGGUUCUGUCCGAAUUGUUCUAAGGACAGGAAUUCGGUGAAGCCCGCCAAGGCGCCGAAGCGGAAGAAGGGGAAGGCCAGCUGAUCACAACCAAGGAAACAUUUAGUUUGAUUUGUUGCUUUACUAUGUGUAUGUAUUUCUUCUCUUCGCUCUUUGAAUUCUCUUCAAAGAAGUUCGACCUCGUCUUUCUUUGCUACGGUUCUCUUCAUCAGUCUUCAAGGUGAGUAGAAGUUUCGAUAGACAUUUAUUGAUGAAUGGAAGUUCGAGGGUCUGGUUGAUUGUGCAGUAAAUAUAAGAAUGUGUUUCUUCAAAAUUGAUAUUAAUUUUUUCUAGUGACAAAACAUGAAUUAAUAUUAAAAGUGCUCUUCAAAUGAUAUUCACUUUGAUAUAAUUUUUGAAUACAUUUUUUUUAGAUUUUUAGUACCACUCUAAACCAUGAUGAUAUUGU